AUGUUGGACUCCCGACUAACAUUUUUGGCCCACUUCGGGUAUGUUCGGGAGAGGGCCUCUAAAGUCUCACGGGCUCUCGGCCGUUUGAUGCCGAAUUUGUGCGGGCCAACGGAACACAAGCGUCGUCUGUAUGCGAAUGUGGUGGCAUCGUCGGUGCUGUAUGGAGCUCCAAUUUGGAGCGCGGCUUUAGAUGUCACGAGAAAGGGGAAACAAAUAUUGCGGGAUAUACAACGUGGCAUUGCUCAGCGAGUCUGUUCGGCGUAUCAAACCGUUUCUCUGGAUGCAGCUUUGCUCUUGGCUCGAUCUCCACCGUAUGUGUUGGUGGCUUCCAUGCGUCGAAGUAUACAGGAGCGUAUCUGGGAUCUUCGUGAGGCGGGGCCAAUUCCGGCGGAGGUGGUUCGAGAUAUUCGGCAGGAGGAAUCUCUGUUGAUGCAUCAACAGUGGUUUCUCUACCUAAGACGAGAGGAUGUGGCGGGGGUGUGCACGUGCGACGCGAUUAUGCCUCACGUCGACGCGUGGAUGUCCCGGAGUCAUGGCGGCCUCCACAUUCACAUGGUGCAGAUCCUUACGGGCCAUGAGUGUUUUGCCACCUAUCUACAUAGGAUCGGUAAGCUGGAGGAUAAAUAA